CCGCAUUCGUGUUCUGCAUCCCGGUAACCGAAGCAAUGUCUCUUCGGGUUCUUGUACUCUUUGCAGUUCUUUGCUGUGUCCUGGCACGGAGAGUGCCCAGGCCGGAGUUAGACAAACACUGGGAAAUCUACAAGGACAUCCACAACAAGAAGUAUGUCCCGGAAGAAGAGCCCGUCCGAAGACUCAUCUGGGAAGACAACUUGGACUUCAUCCAAAGGCACAACCUAGAGUAUGACCUGCGACUUCGGACGCACACGGUGGCGGUCAACAGCUUUGCUGAUUUGACAUCGGAGGAGUACCGCCAGCUUUACCUCGGCUACCGUCCGAACCAGACAAAGAAGACUGCACUGGGUGUACACAGUGAAGCUUCAUUGUACGACGUUCCGGACCAGGUCGACUGGCGAAAAGAAGGCUAUGUAACUCCCGUGAAAAAUCAGGGUAAGUGUGGCUCCUGUUGGGCGUUCUCAGCGACUGGAUCUCUGGAAGGGCAGCAGUUCCGGAACACUGGCAAACUAGUCUCCCUCAGCGAGCAGAACCUGGUGGAUUGUGAUAAUAAGUCAUCAGGCUGCGCAGGAGGAACCAUGGACAGCGCUUUUGCAUACGUUCAAGACAAUGGUGGUAUCGACACGGAAAAGUCAUACCCGUACACGGCUCGUAAGGGAAGUUGCAAGUACGAUCCAUGCCAUGUAGGAGCUACUGACGUAGGUUUUCAUGACGUCGAAUCGGGCAGCGAAGAUGCUCUGAAGAGUGCCGUGGGCGUAGUGGGGCCUGUUUCUGUAGGUAUCGAUGCCUCUCAUCAGUCCUUCCAAUUUUACAAAGGCGGCGUUUACUACGAACAAAACUGCAGCUCUGUAGAUCUCGACCAUGGGGUCCUUGUUGUUGGCUACGGUUCAGGGAGUGAAUGCGACUACUGGAUAGUCAAGAACAGCUGGGGAGAAGAAUGGGGAGACCACGGCUACAUUCUCAUGAGCAGAAACCAGCACAACCAAUGCGGCAUCGCAACCCAAGCAUCUUAUCCCCUUGUUUAGUGAAAUAAAGACUGAUUUCACAGUA